UCCCUCCUCUUGUUCAAAGGUUUCCGAGACAAUCUCUGUUCAUUUCCUGGAAAAUUUUCUCUUCUUUCACCAGAAAAAGUUCUGCUCUUUAACAGAGGAGCUUUUUAUAUAAGAAAAAAUGAUUGGACCGGCGGACUUCAUCGACGAGAUAGACUGCGGCAGUUUCUUCGACCACAUAGACGACCUCCUCGACUUCCCUAACUACGACGUUGACGUCGGCUUAUCCGCCUCUGACUCUGCCUUCAACGCCGCCGCUUGUCCCAGCAUUUGGACAGCUCAGUCCGAGUCAUUCCCUGGUUCUGAGUCAGUUUUUUCCAACAACAGUGCUUCCGACCUCUCCGCCGAGCUUUCUGUUCCGUACGAAGACAUUGUCCAAUUGGAAUGGUUGUCAAACUUUGUUGAUGAUUCCAAUUGUGGAGCAAGCUUGACUAUCAAGAAACAAGAGCCUUCUUCAAUCAAUAAGGACUCAUCCAAUCAUGAUCAUCGUCAUCAAUUCCAGACUUCUAGUCCGGUUUCGGUUCUCGAAAGCAGCAGCUCUUGCUCCGGGGAGAAAUCGAUUGCCGGCCCCGCGAAGUGUGGACGUGCACGUAGCAAACGUCCUCGUCCGGCAACUUUCAACCCACGCCUGGCGAUUCAACUCAUCUCCCCUUCUUCGUCCGUCAACGAUAACAGUAACGACAUUCCUCAACCGUUACUCGUCGUCCCCAAGGUGGCAUCUGACUCCGAGAACUAUGCCGAGUCUCGUCUUCUGAUCAAAUUACCCCGUCAAGUCAAUCCAGAGCACAAGAAGAAAAAGAAGAUCAAGUCGACACUCUCGACACCACCUACCGACAAUGGCACCGCUCAAAAUCAAUCGGGACAAGCCGUAAGGAAAUGCAUGCACUGCGAGAUAACAAAGACACCACAAUGGAGGGCGGGGCCAAUGGGACUGAAAACCCUUUGCAACGCCUGCGGUGUUCGAUACAAGUCCGGAAGGCUCUUCCCGGAGUAUCGUCCCGCAGCGAGCCCGACGUUUAUCCCAUCGAUUCACUCAAAUUCUCAUAAGAGAGUGCUGGAGAUGAGAACCAAAAGUGGCACUGCCUGUGAAACCACCGAUUCACCAGAAAUGAUCCCAAACAAAAGCAACCCGGCAUUGGAUUACAUGCGAGGGGAGGGUUUAGGGGUUGGAGAGUUUUGAAGCCCUGUCGUUUAGGGUUGAUAUUUUCUAAUUGUUCCCCUCUUCCCCAUCUCUUUAAUUUUUUUAAAAUGUUUAUUUUGUUACUGUUAUUUUCAUCUCUUCGUUCGUUGUUUUAAAUUUUGUAUAGGGUAGAAAGGGAAUUUAAUGGGAGGAAAAACAGGGUAGAGAGUGCAAUGUUGAAGGGUAGGAAA